AUGAUUGUCAUUAAGGCUCUUGCCGUCCUCUCUUUACUUACCAACUUCACUUCUGCACGCAUCAUCGACGGCGCCGAGCACACUCCUUACCGCGGCGAGAAUGUCAAGCGUGCUGUGAGCGCUACCAACACCACCACUCUUGAAGACUACGAGUAUGUCGUUGUCGGAUCUGGUGCCGGCGGUGCACCUCUCGCAGCCAGGCUAGCUCUUGCUGGCCACAAGGUCCUUCUCCUUGAGGCCGGUGAUGACCAGACCAACACCACUCAGUACAACGUGCCCGUCUUGCAUUCCGUUGCCGCCGAGUAUGAGCCCAUGCGAUGGGACUACUUUGUCAAGCACUUCGACGACGAAGAAGAGCAGAGGAGGGACACCAAGCUCACCUAUGAGUUGACCGACGGCACCCGGUACACUGGUCCCAGCCCUCCUGCCGGCGCCAAACCCCUCGGUGUUCUAUACCCCCGUGUUGGUUCGCUCGGAGGCUGCACUGUUCACAAUGCCCUCAUCACUGUAUACCCAUACGAGAGUGACUGGGAGUACCUCCAGUCCAUCACUGGCGAUUCUUCUUGGGCACCGAGCAACAUGCGCAAGUACUUCACCCGCUUGGAGAAGUCGCGCUACCUACCCAACAGCGUUGUUGGACACGGAUUCUCCGGAUGGCUCGAGACCUCACUGACCGACCUUACUUUGAUCGUUCAGGACCUCAAGGUCAUCUCCCUCGUCCUGGCUGCUGCUACUGGUAUGGGCAAGAACCUUCUUUCUUCGCUCAUCACCACCGUUACUGGCCUCGGUCAGGUAUUGCUCCGCGACAUCAACAACCCUGGCGCCAACCGCGAUUCCGCCGAGGGCAUGUGGCAGGUUCCUCUUGCCAUGAAGAUUCCUGAGUAUAAGCGUGCUGGCCCCGUCGACUUCCUUCACCAAGUCAUCAACGCGAAAAACCGGGAUGGAAGCCGCAAGUACCAUCUCGACAUCCAGCUCAACACCCUCGUCACCAACGUCGACUUCAACCAGAACGGUACCACACCCAAGGCUACUGGUGUCAGCUUCUUGACUGGAAAGUCUCUCUACGGCGCUGACCCAAGGCGUCAGUCCGGCUCUGCUGCUGGUAAGGGAACAAAGGGAUCCGUCACUGCUACUCGCGAGGUCAUCCUGUCAGCUGGUGCAUUCAACACCCCUCAGAUCCUAAAGCUUUCCGGCGUUGGUCCCAAGGAGGAACUCGAGCAAUUCGGCAUCAAUGUCGUCAAGGACCUCCCUGGUGUCGGCACCAACCUCCAGGAUCGCUACGAAAUCCCCGUCAUCGGUCAAGCACCAAGCAAGAUUUCUCUUCUCAACGGCUGCACGUUCCUUGAAGGUGACCACGACCCCUGCCUCGAGAAGUGGGAGACUGGCACGCUCGGAAUCGGAAAGGGUGUCUACGCCACCAACGGUAUCGCGCUUGCCAUCACCAAGAAGGCUAGCAACUCCCCCAACGGUAACGCUGAUCUUUUCGUCGCUGGGUGGCCCGCGUACUUCAACGGAUACUACCCCGACUUCUUCGCCAACGCCACCCUUGGCCGCGACGCCUGGACCUGGCUCACUCUCAAGGCUGAGUCUCGCAACAACGCUGGUACUGUUACCCUCCGUAGCGCUGAUCCCCAAGAUGUGCCUGAGAUCCGCAAGCGCAACUUCGCUGUCGGCGGUGACGAGGACCUGGACGCCCUUGUUGAGGGAAUGAAGUACGGUCGCGAGGUCUUUGAGGAUCUCAUUCCUCUUGACGGCAAGUUCAAGGAGGUUUGGCCCGGAAAGCAGGUUCAGACCGACGAGCAGUGGAAGGAGUUUGCCAAGUACGAGUCCUGGGGCCACCACGCUUCUUGCACUUGCCCUAUUGGUGCCGACGAUGACGAGAAGGCUGUUCUUGACGGCAACUUCAAGGUUCGUGGCGUCGAGGGUCUCCGUGUCGUCGAUGCUUCCGCUUUCCCCAAGAUUCCCGGCACUUACCUGGCUCUUCCCCUCUACAUGUUGUCUGAGAAGGCAUCCGACGUCAUCAUCGCGGACGCCAAGGUCUCCAAGUAA